GCGCUGUCCUCCCAGACCCGACAGUGCAUUGAGGAGCUGCACACCAGCGGAAGACAUCGGUGGGCGCUUGCUGAUCUCGGCCGCUGUUGGGAUGCUCCUCGACGCUUGGACACUCCGAGGCGAGACUUUGUGCCACUCCUUCGCCUCCCGUGUCUGCAGGUCAUCCACACCGACUGCCCUCUUCCCCCUCGUCUUCAUCGUGUUUCUCAUCGGUGCGCAGUAGGCCAGACGCACACCAUAUCUUAGCGUCGUGAUCAUGUCAGAUGCGUGGGCACAACCCUUCGUCCGCGAGCUUCUAUUCCGGCUGCGCGAUCGCCACGUCCUUCAAGAUGUAGCCCGCCUAGAGAUGGAUGCCGUACAAGCUGCCUUGGAACUGCUCGAUGAAGCGAAGUGGGACGAGCCGACGUCAAGCCAACUGGACACAGUCAUCCAUCGGGCGUAUGAAGAGAUGCGGACAUCACCCCGCUCAGACGCACUAAGUUGGCGGAUGCUCUACACGGACGCGUGCAUUUUUCGCUCUUUGGGCGACGUCCUUCAGCUGGGGCUUGCGAAAGACUGUAUUCAGGCUAUGUCGUGCAUCUCCAGGUUAGACCAUGCUAUCGUCAUCGCUGGCGCUCCUGGGGAAGACCGGCGGAACAUCAUCCUUGACCUGAUCCUUGGGAUUCAACACCACGCAAUGGGUUGUCUUGGGCGGACACGCGGUGUGGACCGCCCGCUGGGCAAAAUUGGUGUAACUUCGACUUCUGUAUCCAGAACAUUGCAUUCGGCCCUUCACCAGGUCCCCUAUCUGGAUAGCCCGCCAUCUCUGCUGGCUUUCGUACGUCAGUACUCGCAACGACCUUUUGUUAUCCCGGGCUAUAUCACCGAUUGGCCUGCUCUGAAUGAGCAUCCGUGGAGGUCACUUGACUACCUGCGAUCGAUAGCUGGCCCAGGGAGAGUCGUACCAGUGGAGAUAGGCGACGACUAUCGCGAUGACGACUGGACGCAGAAGAUGAUGCUUUGGAACGAUUUCUUGGACGCCCUCGAGCCCCAUGCGCAACAAACACCGGAGAAACGCAAACUCUAUCUUGCACAACACAAUUUGUUUCUGCAGUUUCCCAAACUACGCGACGACGUCGUAAUCCCCGACUACGCAUACGCUUCCUUACCGACACCGAAGGAAUUCCCGGACUAUGCUCCGCCGGCCAAUGAGGAGCAGCUUGUUCUCAAUGUCUGGUUAGGGCCAGCUCGUAUGACAUCGCCUGCCCACACUGACCCGUUCUUCAAUCUCUACGCCCAAGUCGUAGGUCACAAAACAGUCUGGCUGGCGCCUCCAGAAGCAACCCCGGCCAUGUAUCCUUAUCCUCCUCCGAAUGGCGAUGCAAGCGAUCAUACUCACAACCCUGCCGCAAAUACUACCAACCCAUGUAUGAGCAAUACGUCGACGGUCGAUGUCUUUGCACAACGUGGGAAUCAGAAAGACAUGCCGGCGUUCUGGGAAGAAGCAGUUCCGCGCGCGAUGAGUGUGACACUCAAGCCGGGCGAUUUGCUGUUCUUCCCGCCAGGCUGGUGGCAUGCCAUGCGCAGUGAAAGUACUAGCUUUUCGGUGUCAAUGUGGUUCUAGUAUCUACUCUGACCACGUAUUAUAACAAAGAAGUCAUCCUUGAGAUCACUGUGGC